AUGGCUUCCUUUAGGUACCACGCGCUUCCUGGCUUUGGAGAAGAAUGUCGCGAGAAAUACGGGUUUAGCGAUGCUUGCCUCAUCGGCAAUCGGCUAGUCGUCACCGGCCAGACUGGCAUGGAUCCCUUGACUAGGGAGACAUCUCCCAAAAUCGAGGAGCAAAUUGCGCAAGCCUUCAAAAACAUUGAUGAUCUGAUCAUCCGCACUCUCGUCAAAGAAGGUCAUACGAUUAAGGAGGGUGAUUCUGGCUGGGAUUACGUGGUCAAGCUACACGCAUUCUUUGUGGGAUUGUCCGGAAUGCGUGCAGUGGCACGGGAAAAUAUGGUUCACUACAUCAAGAAAUGGUGUCCCCGCCACCAGCCGUUAUUCACCAUGGUGGGAAUCGAAAGCCUGCCAUUUCCCGAGCAUCUCGUGGAGUUUGAAGUUGAUGUAUGGAUUCCUUGA